CUUUUAGUCAACAUAGAGAGACAUUUUACCUAAUGUUUGUACUCAGACUUUAGUGUAACACUUUGUUUAGUUCAAUAGUCUUCUGAGGGUUCUAAAUUUGGUUCUUCAUUUAACCUACAUGACUGCAUACAAUAACCCACCCCCAAUACCAGACAGACCACUACAGGAACAAAUUGAGGUUUGUAAUGUGACAGAGGGCGAAACUGUUCAUCAGAGAUUCCUACUUGUUAAUGGCCGUGCAGGAAAGCGUAAUGGAAAAUUUGACUUGCCAAUUCAAGUCUACUGCAACGAUUUUCCACCGACACAGUGGCCCUGUGUUGACUCAUAUUUCAAGGCACUUGUUCAUCUUGUGCCUGGACCCAACACGAUUACGUUUGCUUUUGUGAACGCAACUUUGCAUUUUCAUGUAAACUAUCUACCCUUAUUACAAAAUCCUCCCCUUUCACUUGCUAUCAUUAUCGGUUCGGAUUCUCCUGCAACAUUUGAUGUACCGCCUGAGAAAGAGGGUCAAAACACGCUAGAUAUAGCCAUCAGAAAACUUCGCACGGCUGGAUACAUGUGGCAAGCGUUCUGUGCUGAACAGAUGUAUCGAAAUGGUAUGCAAAGGCGUACAUUUAGGCUAGACGAAGACUGGCUACCAGACACUACUUCAUGCCAAGAGAACCGUGUUAUGAGAACAACAGCAAAGGUUCACAUCAUUCGCUCUACAAAGACAGUGGCAGAAAUUCGAGACAUACGACGUGCUCAGCAGCGUGAUGACGAUGAAGGAAAUAGUGAAGAUCUAGAAAGCUUGUUUGGUAUAUGUUUGAAUGACUUGGGUCGUUGUUCUCCUUUUGACCAGCCUUGUCAUGUCGCCUGUAUGCUCCUAGACGCACAUUGGGACCCACAGAGGCAAGCUAUACUGGGGCAUGCAGCAUUAGGCGGAGGCGGAGGAGAUAUCGCUCUGGGCAUCUUUGGCUCACAUUCUCUACAUGCAUGGCCCUCGUGCAUAGAAGAUAUUGUACCCUGUUUCAUGAAUGAUACAAGAACCGAUACGAGAUUUAUCGCUAAUGAUGCUGGCGAGUCAGGAGCUUGGUGGAAAGCGCUAAACAUCGGAAUGGGUGCCAUGUUGCAUGAAGUUGGCCAUUCAUAUACUUUGGAUCAUACCCCUUCUGGCAUAAUGAGUAGAGGAUUUAAUAACUGGAAUCGUACAUUUAUGGUCAAAGAGCCUGGGCAUAGUCCCAUACCACCUGAAGACGAAGAAGGUUCUCAUUGGCAUCGUGUAGAUAUCAUCCGCUUACGAUUCCAUCCUGCCUUUCGCCUUCCUCAAGAUGGACCAAGAGAAGCUAUUGAUCAUUCUUCACCUAUUAUUAUGCCUUUAGAAGAGAACUGCUUGCGAAUAAGUGCUCCUGCGGGCCUUUCAAUGAUUGUCUAUUCCAUCAAUUCUCAUUAUCGUACUCAUACUGAAUUUCUACGACAACAGCCAAAGAAUGUGACAUUAUCCCUGAGUGACAUCUACAAACAACUCCACUGUACCGCUAAUGAAAAUAUAAAGCUGGAGACUAUAUCAGUUAACCAACAAGGGCAAUCAGUUGAUUCUGUUGCUACCUUUUUUCACACUCAUAUUGUCCAGCUGCCUGGAUUGAGCAACACUGUUUUCAAAAGCCCGGUAUUUGGAGAAAUGGAGGGAGGAUCCAAAUAUCUUGUUCCAUUUAUCUCUGACACAUUUAAAAAGCAACUUGCACGUAUCGCAAUCCACCACGGUGAUUUCCUUGAUGGCUUUAUUCUUUAUUGGAGUGAUGGCACCAGAAACAUAAUAGGUUGCCUAGGAGGAAGGAGGUCAACAUAUGAUGUUUUGCCUGGAGAGUCUAUCCAAGGGCUAUUAGUUCGAUGUGGAGCAUGGAUUGAUGGUAUACAGUUUAAGUUGUCUAGUGGAAGAACAAGUCCAUGGUAUGGAGGACAAGGAGGAAGACCUGUCUUGAUUGAGCCGCCUUCUGGAUAUAGCUUGGUUGGUGUACAUGCUAGCUCUGGUAAUUGGAUGUACCAAAUGGGAAUACUAUACCAAAAACACUCUUAAAGGAAAAAAAGAGGAAGAAGAUAAACAAGAUAAAUUCUUUAAACAAAGACUUUUAUAUUUGCUGAAGGAGGAAUAUUUUUCUCAUUAUUUAAACAUACAGUUUCGUUAUGAGGAUAAUAAUGGCAAUAUUUGUUACAUGCCAUAAGCAUUUCUCGCUUAAGACUACACUAUGCUUCUACACUAGUUUAUAUUUGGAUAUGGUCAACUUGUUUCUUCAUGAAUAAAUACUAAAUAGCACAUCAAGGGGAUAAAUUGUCUCUUGUUCAUACCGUAUACAGCUAGG